CACACCCAUUCGAUGUUGGAUUCCUAUGCAUAACUUGAUUUCUGCAGAGCUUUCAAGUAGAAAGAUUCGGAGCAGAAUCACAUCUCAGACUUGGAGAACACCACCUUCUGAAGGCCGAGUCAUUUUGAGGUAGUGGCUCCAGGACAGAGCAGCAAAUCAUCCAAGGUUCAGAAUAGAGGCUGUUAUCUUAGCUCUCUAAGAUGACAGAACCAACAAGACAUCGAACUCAGAAAAUUCUCAUUUACGAUAGAAGGCAGACUGGAAAAAAGGUUUUUGCCUAUGAAGAGGAUGAGCACUUCCUUGUUCAUGGGUUCUAUCACUUCAAGCAUUUCCCCUGUGACAGCCCAGUGCGUUUCAUGUUGCACUCCCCUGCAAAUGGUGCCUUCAUCAGCCUCCACGCAAACAACAAAGUAAGCUAUUUCAGACCUAAGUGCCUCAAGGAGACCAUCUGGAGAAAACUGCCCUUUUUGGGCCUCACUGCAACAAAGAUCCUGGGAUGGAUGGUAGGCUGGGGCCCCGGGCCCAUCUUCACCCUCCUGGACAACAAAUUGCGGCAUUUGGAUACUGCGGACAACGCUCUUGAUAUUCGGCUGUGUGAGGCGGCGGAGCAUUCCUGGGAGCUGGUGACUGUAGGCUUUGGGAACGUGUGUGUGUGGUCGGUGUUGCUCAUGAGGUGCAGAGUGAAGCUACAGGAAGGGCUGCAGCAGAGAGCUUUCACUCACAUGGCAUUGGCUCCUCCACAGAAGAAUAGGCCUCACCUUGCCUUUGUUGCAUGUGGAAUGGAUGUGACUGUGAUCAACCUCGAUGAUGGGAUAGUUCUGGAUCACCAGGAGAGACUCUGUCUAAGUGAAAUCACCGCAAUGUUGUUCUGCACCCAACUUGACAGUUUGAUCCUCGCUUUCCGAGAUUGCACCAUCACAGUCUGGGGUCUUGACUGGGUUCCGCGUGUUACUUUUUUUGGACACGAUGGUGUGGUGAAUUCGCUGUUCUAUUGCUCCAAAUCAAACCUGCUGAUCUCAUGCUCUGCAGACUGCACCAUGCGUAGCUGGGAUGUAAAAAACAACUUGGCAAUCGAUUGUUUCCACACAGAGCAGAACCACCCUCCACUGUGUUUAGGGGGCAUAGAGAACAAACACCCAUUUUUCUCUUUUUCAGACAAAGGUGUGGAUCUUUGGUUUCUAACAGCUUGGUACACCCUCCACACAAAGGUCAAAGGGGAUGAAGACAUCGCAUUGAAACAAAUUUUAGUCUCACAUUUGCCUCCUUGCUACCCAACCCGUGUGACUUGUGUCAGUGAAGAUGAUCAUAUCUAUCUGGUUUCUGCUGGAAAAGCAGAAAUACUGACUUCCUUUAAGGCAGGAAAGAGGGUAUUAUGUGCUGCUUACUGCCUUCAAAAAGAGCUUUUGAUUGUCUUGACUAAGGGUGGUACCUUACUGCAAGUCAACCCACUUGCUAAUCCAGCCACUUUGAUACAAGAAUGGGAAGGCAGAGGCCAGGCUCUAUGGUCAAUAUCAGACUCUGUUAGUAAAAAGGAUCUCCACAAUCUGCCGGAUCCUGGCCCCGCCUGUUGCAUGGUGAUUUACAGCUCCUUAGGAGACCCUGAGAAGGCUUUAGAGAGGUGGAAAAGUUUACAAAGUGGGAGAGGCAGCAGUCAGAAGGACAGCAAACAUGUCGAUCAUUUCAAGAAUCGAUUUUGGAUUAUCAUUGGCCAAAGUGGUGGCUGUGUGAGUGUCCUCACAAUGGAUGAUGGGACGGUCCUGUACAGAACCCCCGCACACAACGGCAAGGACGUCACAGCAGUGAAGGCCUACCCGAAGUACAACUACCUCCUCUCCUCGGGUGCGGACUUCACGGUGGUGGUGUGGAAAGUUCACCCCGAUGCUGCAACGUGUCUAACCCCUUGGCAGACGGUGAUAUGUUAUGAGCCUCAGGUCUACCUGGCGGCGCUGGAGCUGCAGGUGGCCCUGGCGUUUCAAGAGCCUACCAGCAACUCCUACAGCCUACAACUCUACCAUGUGGAAAACCUGAAACGAGCAGAAUGUCAGCAAACAAAUGCACAUAUAGAUUCCCUCACAGGAGUGUGCGCGAUUCCUGAAAUAAAGGCGUUUGCUUCCUGCAGUCUGGAUAAGACAGUGCGCAUCUGGAAUGAGAAGAAUAAACUCAUCUGGGUGCAACAGCUUGUGGCAGUACCUCAGUGUAUGGAAUACAGUGGAAACGGGGAGCUAUUUCUGGGCAUGAACGGGGACCUGUACAGGCUAGAGUUUGCACACUUUCUACCAAAGAAAUACCAACGAACGCUUCGCUGCUACUGUUUCGAAAAUGUCCUUCCUGAGCUGCCUAUUUCUGAGGUUGAAGAAACACCCGUCAAAGCCGAAAUGCCAACUGAUGAGGCAGAAAGAUUAAAGGAGGCUAUCAACAACAAUGAGGUAAUGAACAUAUACCUGGAGGAGGACCAGGUGAGUAUAUAAAAAGGAACAUUUUAAGAUC